UCAAAACGCAUUCCCGUAUCGCUAUGCCUUUUCUACGUUUUCUCCACCAGAUUUCUCGGAGGUGGAGCGUUCGGUGAGGAUUCUUUGAUGGGUUUUUGUGGGUUUUCUCUGUAAUGCAGGGAGAGCGAGAGAGGAAGAGAUUGGAGUUGAAAUGAUGGAUUUUCUGGUUUUGAAGGAGACCCAGUUCUGAUAUCUGUCUUUUCAACGUUUUCUCCAUUUGAUUCCGCGGCGAGGGGGAAGAGUCAGAGAUGGCGGUUUGGUUGAGGUUUCUUUGACGGGGUUUUUUUCCCUUUGAGAGAGAAAGAGAGGGUGGUAAAACCGUAAAAGCUGGUGCUUUUUAUUCUUUUGAAGGAAACCCAGUUCGGUAUUUUUGUCCUUUCACGUUUUCUCAUAGAGAGAGAGAGAGAGAGAGAGAGUGCUUGAUGGAUUUUUGUGCAUUGCUCUGAGAGAGAGAGAGAGAGAGAGAGAGAGAGAGAGACGUUGAAAAGAAAAUUUGAUGGUGUUUUAUUUAAUGUUUUAUUAUUAGCGAAGGGUAGAUGCAUUUAAUAAGGGAAGCUUUCAAAGGGAAACCCAGUUGUCUAUUUUUAAUCCCUUCCACGUUUCCUCUACCAGAUUUAUAGGAGAGAGACUCGGAGGAGUCUAUUUCAUGAAGUUUUCUUUGAUUUGCUUUUGUGGGUUUCUCUCUCUGUAAGCCCUUUUGAGAUUUCUUGGCUUUUCUUUUUUAUUUUUGCCUUUUUGGGUUGAGAAAGAGAUGGAGAGUGAUGGUGAAAAGGAUGGUGUUUUUAUUUUUCAUGAUGAGGAUUUGAGUGAGAUUAGUGGGUUGAAGAGAGGAGGAGAUUUCAUUGAAGUGAUGUGUGGCUGCACUAGCCAGAGGUAUGGAGAUGCUGUUGGGAGGCUUAAGGUUUUAGCUGGUGGGGAUCUUGAGAUCAGCUGUGAAUGCACUCCUGGAUGUCAGGAAGAGAAGUUGAGCCCAUCUGCUUUUGAGAAGCAUUCUGGAAGGGAGGGCACCAGAAAAUGGAAAUACAAUGUCUGGGUCAUUGUUAAAGGAGAGAAGGUUCCGCUGUCAAAGACAGUGCUUCUUAAAUACUACAAUCAAGCACAAAAAAAUGGUAAUGGGUCCCAUAAAGGCCAUAACGGACGGCCUUAUCAUCGGGAUGAGUUUAUUCGCUGUACGAAGUGUAACAAAGAGCGCAGGUUUCGACUGCGAACCAAAGAAGAAUGCCGGGUUUACCAUGAUGCUUUGGCAGAUCAUAAAUGGAAGUGUGCUAAUGUGGCACAUGACAAAGCUAGUUGCGAUGAUGAAGAGGAACGGGCGAGCCGUAAAGUGUACAGAGGAUGCUCUCGUUCUCCGUCCUGCAAAGGGUGCACUUCAUGCGUCUGUUUCGGGUGCGAUAUCUGCCGGUUUUCAGAUUGCAGCUGCCAGACCUGCGUCGACUUCACAAUGAAUUCUAAUGCUUAGUCACCUCUCUACAAGGUAAAGGAAAAAAAGAAUGUGGGUAUUUCCCAAUUUUGCACUGUUUGGAGGUCCCGUCGAUUAAAUGAAAGCUUCAACCAUUUCAUUCCCAUGAAAACUCGGAUUCCCAGGCUCUGAGUGGCAGUUUUGUUGUUCUCAGUGACUGGUUCUGGAACCGUUGGAAACGUGGUAAUGAUGAUUUUUCUUCAUUGAUGAUUCA